AUGGAAUCGCGUCGUCGACGACGAAGCGAAGAGCUAGAGCAGGGACGUGGCUCACCACUGCACCGCGUAAGAAGGAGGUUGCGCCGUGAAGAGGAGCACCGUGCACGGGGUGAUGACCUCAGGCUGCAAAACGAUUGUCUGCAAGAAGAGUUGGAGUAUUAUCGCCUCAAGCAGUGGGGCGUAGAAGUGAGGGAAGCCGAGGCCGCUGAGAAGGUCGAGUCAUUCUCAGCGGCAGUGAGGGAGGUGGCUGUGCCGGAUGAUAUGAGGAGUCUUAAGUUAGCGACAUACAACGGACAAACGGAUCCAAAGGAUCAUCUGCUUUAUUUCAACGUGAAGAUGGCAACAGGCGCGUCUUCCGAUGCGGUCAAGUGCAGGAUGUUUCCAUCCACGUUUAAGAGCGCGGUAACAGCUUGGUUUAAAGCUCUGCCAAGAGGAUCUAUAGCAAAGUUUCGCGACUUAUCAUCGCAAUUCCUUACUCAGUUCUCUGCAAGCAAGAUUGAGCCGGUGACAAUUGCAGAUCUGUAUGACAUUCGACAGAAGGAAUGCGAAACUUUGAAGCAAUAUGUAAAGCGGUACAUUGAUGCGUCUAGGAAGAUCGAGGAGUCAGAGCCUCAGACAUGCGCGUGCGCCUUCAAAAAUGGAUUGCUGCCGGCAAAGCUAAACAGCAAGCUGAGUCGGAAGCCGGCGUACUCGAUGACAGAAGCUCGUGCCCAGGAGAGUGCUUACAUCCUAGAGGAGGAGGACGACGCAUUCAAGAAGAAACGUGUAAGGGCGGAAAAAAUAAGCAGCCGGAGGGAUGAAUCGCUAACGGGAAAAUGGAAAUGGAAAAAGGAGGCAAAUGGAGCACGAGAAAAGGACGUCGAGCGUUUCCCCCCUCGCCGGACAAACAGCCUUCGCCAGCGUGGAAGGCCAAAGAGAUGUUCGAACGAAGAAUUGGCAAAGCUGCUCCAGGAGGCGGAGGUGACGAAAGUGGUCAAGAGCGCAAGAGAUGGAAAUAGUUCGCAGCGAGAGGUGGAGGUCCGGACAAAAUGGUGCGAAUAUCACCACUUGGAAGGCCAUGACACCAAUACUUGUUUCGCGCUGAAAGGCAAGGUCGGAAGGCUGAUUAGGGCGAGGCGAGCAUAA